CCUCGCCGACGCCCGGCACAACAACGCUCCGGGUCUCUCCCUCCGAUCCGCUUCCCAUUCACACCACGCGCGCGAUGGCCUCCCUGUUUCUCCCCCUCCUCCUCCCCACCCUGUCCCUCCUCGCCGUAGCCGACGCCCUCCCUCCUCCAUGCAGCAACGCCGCCACCUGCGGCGACCAGGUGGUCCGGUACCCGUUCUGGCUGCUCAACGCCUCGACGUCCGACUGCGGCUACCCGGGUCUCGGCCUCGUCUGCGAGGCCAACGUCACGCCCACGCUGAUCCUCCCCGUCAAGUCCCACCGCUACAGAGUGUGGAACAUCAACUACGACACGCACACCGUCGCCGUCUCCGACGCCGACGCCGACUCCGACGAGCCCGCGGCCGGCGGGUGCCCGCGCCUCCACGUGAACCUCACCAUCGACUACACGACCUCAUGGCUGCGGCUCACGCAAUCCGACUCCAACAUCACCUUCCUCUACAACUGCAGCAAAAACAUUUCCUGGCCAUCUGCCUGGGAAUUGAGUGGGUGCUAUGGAUACAGUGGCAAGAGGUCGUACGUGCUGCCGGACGGCGGCACGGGCGCCGAGGCGCGCGAGUCGGAGUGCGAGGAGGUGGUGGUGGCGCCGGUGCUCGGCGCGCACAAGGAGGAGAUGGGGAUGGUCGGCCCGCCAGGAGCACCCCCGGCGGUGGGUGACAUGGUCAGGGCUGGGUUCCAGCUGAUGUACCACGCGCACUCGCGGCAGUGCGGCGGGUGCGAGCGCUCCGGCGGGUGGUGCGGCUACCGGCACAACCAGACCGACGGCGGCGCGAUGAGGUUCACCUGCUUCUGCGACGGGGGGCCGACUGCUGACCGCUGCGGAACAGGACCUCUGCUUGAAAAUUAUGCGUGUGAUGUCACCAGAUUGCCAGUUCCGUGAAAACUAGAAAGGGGGACACGGUUCCGUGAUGUCACCAGGAGGAGGACUGGUGGGAUCGGAGCACAAACAACACGCCAUUCGUACUAGCACCUCAGAACCAGAAACUGGCAAAGGACUGGGAGACUUGGAAGGCUCGCAAGGUUGGUUGCUGGUUUCGUUUCAUGGCAUGCAGCUGAUGACUGGCAGCAUGAGCUCUCAUCUCUGUCGAUGACCCGGCGUACGGGUUGAGAGCCCAUUGGUCCUUCAACUCCGUGUUGAAUGGAACGCAGCGUCGCACUGGCCAGUACACCACCGUUGCUUGUUACGCCUGUUUUUUUUAAUAAGGUGUUACGUCUGGUCUGGUUUGGUUUGGUCUUUGGUGGUAACGAGACUUCAGCGGCAAGUCCAGUGUACACUCAGAGUUGCGGACCUCGCGCACGCCUCCCGUGAUCUUCUACAAGUAUUCAGAAGAUCGAGGGAUGAGCAAAUAGCUCACAUUGGUUGGGAUCGGUAUGGUGUCUUGAAAGGUUGCUCCAUUCAUACUGGAAUGUCACCUUCACCGGUCGCCACUGACAUGCCGAGUGAAAGAGACUUGCUGAGAGUAACCGAAGUUUAGGACCAGCUCUCCUUUUUUUUUGCGACUACCAGCUCUCCUUUUUUUAAGAACCUUAACUUACCUUAUAUUUUAAGAAACAAAGGGGGUAGUAAUUAAAGACCCCUUUAAAGCUUCACGUUAAUUCUUACUAGGCAUAUUAGAAAAAUAGAUAAAGCUUUGAAAUGAUCCAAAACCAAAGUUGCUACCACUUAUUAUUACAUAGACUAACAAUAGCUCUUAUUGACCUAUUUUGCUUCUAAAUUGCCCUUGUCUACCAUUAUGAAACAUAACGUAAAAGAGCCAUUAAAUAUAUAUCUAAAUUACCCAUGUUUGCUAUUACUCUUACGUUUCCAAAUAUAUUACACUUUAGAGAAAUGUUAUAUUGUUGUGUAAGAAAAUGAACGAGAGGUGAGAGAGGACAAACAAGUUUUGGUUAGAUAUACUCCCUCCAUCCUAUAAAAAAAUACAAUUGUAGUAUUAAAAAAUUUGUCCUGCAAAAAUUUGUAGACUUUCUCACACAGAUAGGAGAGCGACUAAAAGUCUAAUUUUCCUUUAUCUAGCUCUAGCCUGCUCGAUUACAUGCGCGAUUAAAUUUACAAAUUUAUCUGCAUGCAUGCACUGCACCCACUAGAUGUACACAUGCAACAAAAUUAAACCUGCAUGAUGGCACCAUUUGGAUUUGGGUAGACGGAUGAGGUAUUUUUACCGUUCUUGAGCACCUAGAAACCAAAAAGAUGUAUCCUAGGACAAUUUUUGAAUGCUAAAACUAUCUAUAUUUUGAAACAGAGAGAGUUAAGUUUUCUCAGAACUUUUAGUAUUCUAAUUUUUUGUGGAAUGGAAUGAGUAGGUCCUGUAUUUAUUAAAAAAGUUAUAAUAUUUAUGUCUAUUUUAAAAGUCUUAUAUGUCUGUCUAAAACUCACCAGUACAGGUAGGAGACUAGGAGUAUAAGUUAAUGAACAACUAAGUAAAUUUCAGACCUACCUUGUGUGCCUUUUAGAACUACACUAGACCACAUUAACAAACAAACUACUAGCUAGUAUGUAUUGUACACAUCAGCGUCGCACUGGUUAAUUAGGUUGCGACCUGCUGCCAACAAAGGAGAUUUUGCGAGCCUCCAAUAUAUAAAUACUGUUCACACACUUUUUUCCUUUAAAAACUGUUCACAGAGACCUAAUUUCUCGGUGAUAUGAUUGCCUGGAUAGCGAAACGAAAGUAUUGGUACUAUUACGGUGUGCUCGUCCAUUCGUACAAUUGGCACUCAGUAUUUUGUAGCCUUAGAUAUUUCUUUUUGUUGAAAACUAUCGUAGCCUUAGAUAUAAGGUCCAAGCUGUAUCUCCAAGGUAAUACUAACUUUGUGUCUUUAUCUUUUUUAUUUAAAUCUGUGACAAGUCAAAAAAAAAUCCGCCGUGGCAAUCAUUUAUUGUUCGAAUAGCGUUGCUGAGUUUGACAGCCUUUUCGAAACCAAUCGUAGACAGAGACAGAGACAAUUCCAUAUAAAUAUAAAUAGUAUUUCUCCUACUAACAUAAUUUUUUUAGAAGAACUCCUAACAUAAAUAAAAACAAUUUCUCAUCACUGAUGAAUGCAUGGUUGCUUGUACAGCCGGGAACUUUUGUUUGCUGUGGCCCACCUAGAUUUUGGCCCAUUAAGGCUAGCCCACCAGCUCAUGCGGGAGGACGAGCUCGGUACCAAUACAAGGCCUGAAUCACACCCAUUUAUCAUUUCGGACAAGAAUAUGGUCUCUAAACCACAACUAUGACCGAUAAUUUGUCCUAUAAUACUUUAUUAAACAAUUGAACCACUAUGAACAAAUUUUGAAUGGAAAAAAGAUCUACAGCCCUCAUGUUCAUGUUUGAUUGAAUGUGCUUGUCUCAAACGACAAGUCCCGGUGGCCAGGUGGAGAACUUGGUAAAAGUAGUACCAUCUUGAAGGGCUCGCUGAAUGCAGUUUGUUGGAAAGGCCGGGGACAUGCACGUAUACGCUAACUAGUGGCGUAGACAAACGAUAGAAGUGUGCAGCCACCUGCCGCACAGUCACUGUCAUUCUACAAGUGUGUCAUACAAAAAAAUUCUGUCGUUUUACAAGUCAUAGUGGCAUUACAGAGUCAAGAAGACUAACCCUAAACCAUUCGAUCCGAUGCGGAAACUUGCGCGUAAACAAUCUUUUCCGCUCCUUUUUCAAAUUGACUCCGUCCUGGCGAUAUAAAGCGUUGCUACUACUAUGGCUGAAGGCGCCUGCCUCCACCGUCCGGACUCCGACGCGCACUACCUGAUUUCGAGGCUUUGCCUUGUACCGGACUAUGACACAUGGCAAAGAGGUGUCUUCACCGUGUGCGGGCCUAUGGCACACAACAAAAGACAUACUUCGUCGUGUACUGUACGUUCGCCGUGUAUUUUCUUUGCGGCGCACGGCACAGAUGAAUUUUGCUGUGUGCCCGUUGUUUCGCACACGGCGAAAAUGGAGACACACGGCGAAUUGUCAGUUUCCGGUAGUGGCGCUUUGUGCUGUGACGAUUUGAAGUGUUAACUAACAACCGGAGCGAUGACCUCUUAACAUAGAACGUAUACUGUAUCAUACAAGUUGAUACAGUGGAAUUAAUUAAUUAGGUUCUGGAUAACCAUCUUCAGAAAAAGUGAAACACAUCCAUACAUCGCCCAAGCGGGUAACCAGCAUAUUACGAUUUUCUCAGAUGCAUGGGAACCAGUUAUGUGAUUCUUUCUUCUUCUUCUUCUUCUUUUUCUCUUUUUCGAAACAGUUGUUUGGAUUUUGGAGAAUCAAUUAACAAAUGUUCUUCUGGAGAAAGACAUUAAAAAUGCACCCCGAGUCCAGUGCUAGGCUGUACUAGUAUGUUUUUGAUAGGUAUGGUCCAUGUGGAAGUCAACUGAAAUCGUACCCAAUUGGAGAACGUAUCUUCGCCUGGACCAACCAAAGCCCAGCAGUGACGUCCUCCAACUUGCAAGCAGCCGGUGAUCACUGAUCGACCGGCUUGGCACGCACGACCCAGCGAGACGCAGAGUCUAAGUCUCCGAGCGUCUCCGUCUCAAUCCGUGCUCUCUCGCGUGCCCCCACCACAAACCAGCCUUCUCCGAAAGACCCCAUCCAAGUCAAGUCUACGGGCGGGCGCUAUAAACGGCGGCGGCCGCAGGUCCCUCGCAAGAAACCGAACGCGGGCCCGACUGGAGCUAACGAGGGCACAAGGCAGCCAGAUGAGCCCGCCUCGCCUUCUCGCCGCCAUGGCUGCUCACCUACCACGCUCCCUCGCCCUCCUCUUCGUCUUCCUCGCCGUCCAUAUUGCCGCCGCUCAUGGCGACCCUGCCCUGCUCCCGACCACCUACGACGCUUCCAUGUGCCGGGAAUCGUCUAUGUGCGGCAACAUAUCAAUCAAAUAUCCCUUCUACCUCUCCACCACAGUCAGAGACAUACCCGGUUACAGUUACAAUACUCCCUACUCCUGCGGCUACACCGAUCUGAUGAUCUCCUGCCAGGGCGAGGGGCCGAAGGAGACGCCAGUCAUCUUUCUCGGCGAUCACAACUACACCAUCCUGAACAUCUCCUACGACAGUAACACCAUCAUCCUGGCGGACAGCGACGUGCUCGCCGGCGGCAGCUGCCCCGCUGUCCACCACGACCUCAGCUUCGACAAGCUCUGGCUGCACAACAACACCAGCUCCAACGACAACCUCACCUUCUACUUCGGUUGCUACUCAACCGGCGUUCCUGGUGUGGCGGUGCCGCCUGACCUGGUCACAUACAAGAUUAACUGCAGCCUCAUGGGUCCGUUUGGCGAGGGAGCUUCCUUCGUCUUUACACCUGACGAUCAUGUUAAAGCCCAAGAGCACGAGCUGGAUCAGGAUGGGCACUGCAGCGAGGUCGUCUCCGUGCCAGUGAGGAGCGAGUUUCUGAUGGCAAGUAACCGGUCCAUGCUGGUGAUGGGCGGAUACGCUGAGGUGCUUUGGUACGGGUUCGAGUUGGAAUGGUGAUCAUUUCAUUUGACUCGCUC